GCCGUAACCCUACCCCGUAUAAAACCCGGCGCAGCGAUAGGGCUCCCCUCCCUUCGAUUCCAUCCAUCGCCGCCGAAAUCCCCAUUGCCCCUCUCGCGCUUCACCAAGCUCUCAAGUUUCCUCGCAGGCGGCUGCGAUGGAGGAGGUCACUGAGGCCGUGAACAACCUUAGCAUCUCGGGCGGAGGGGCCGCGGCGGCGGCGGCGGACGAUGCCGGCGCGGAGGGGCACAAGAAGAACCGCAUCCAGGUCUCCAACACCAAGAAGCCCCUCUUCUUCUAUGUCAACCUCGCCAAGAGGUACAUGCAGCUGCACAAUGAAGUGGAGCUCUCGGCCCUCGGCAUGGCCAUUGCAACGGUGGUGACUGUUGCGGAAAUUCUGAAAAAUAAUGGCCUUGCUGUCGUGAAGAAGAUCAUGACAUCUACUGUCGAUGUCAAAGAUGAAACUAGGAGCCGCCCUAUCCAGAAGGCCAAGAUUGAAAUAUUGCUCGGCAAGACGGAGAAAUUUGAUGAGCUGAUGGCAGCAGCUGCGGAAGAGAGGGAGGCCGCGGAGGCUGAGGAGCAAAGCUAAAUACCUGCAGGACCCCUGUUGUAGCUUGUUUUACUGUUCUGCAGCUAGAUUUGCCCAGUUCUUAGUUUGCCAAGUCGGAAAAGACAAGUGCUUGUAAAAUCAAUUGAGGGCGCAGCUUUUUUGGUGUGCUUUUACUUGAUUCAUUAGGUCUGGAUGGUACAACUUGUGUUCAGUAUGAUACUCUUGAUUUGUCCCUAUUUCCAUUCAGAAGGUAUCUCCUCGUUUAUAUAUGGUCCGUAAA